AUGACGUCCUCAGCGGCCGGCUCAACCGCCUUCUUCGUCCUCUCCCUCCUCUCCAUAUGCGGCGCCGUCCUGCUGCUCCUCCGCUACUACCUCCCGCUCCGCACCACACCCGCAUACGUCGUCGUACCCGUCUUCUUGGCAAUAGCGCUGCCGGCCAGCAUUGUUGUGCUCCUGCCGAUCGAUCUCGCGAGUAGUGCUGGAUUGGAUACAACGGAUGGCGCGAGGGGCAUCUGGUUGAAUGACACGGUUGUCUACAAGGCAUGGCGCAUCAUCUACUGGCUCACGUUCGCGCUCACGUGGGCGAUUCUGCCUAUGCUGGGCGAGUACUGCGAUAGUGGGUACAGAGAGCCCAAGGCGAGGUUGCAGUAUGCGCUGAGGAGUAAUGGACGGUACUGGCUCAUUGUCGCCGGGUGCAGUAUCGUUGGCUCGAUCUAUUUGAUCAUCUGGAAUGGAUUCGAAGCGGAUACCUUUAAGAGUCUGGUCAUGGCGCUGGCGUACACGUGGGGUCUUAUACUGGGUAUCUACCUCAUGGGUCACGGACUCGUCGCAUUCCCCAGGAGCCUGUUUCGGUACGCGAGUGUUAGUGAGAGGUUGAAGAGGAUACAGAGUUCGGCGCCAAAGGUUCACGAGAGGUUGACUGAGGCGCUGGAGAAGUUGGAUCAGUACGAAUACCAGGUCGUGCAGCUCAAGCAGAGGAAGAACGGCACGGCGCGGGAGUUCCAAGAGUGGAUUGAUGAAUUGGCGGAGAAGGGCAAUCUUCCGGAGAACAGGGCGGGUGUCGUUGGACGCAUGGGCACGGCGACGGUGCCUCCAGUCAUCACGGAAAGAUACCUGGCGGACCUGACGAGGAAGUUGAAGCGCGCGCGCCAUGCGAAGUGUCGGUUCGAGAACGAGUGGGAUCAUGUUGUGCGGAGGGCAGUCAGGACACAGGCCAUCCUCGACUCGAAAGCCAGCAAACAUCUCGAGUUCAAAGGUGCCGCGUUACCAACCUCGAGAGGACUGUUCGAUCGCAUGACUAUCCUCACACCACUGACGCGCUACUACCUACACGUCCAUGUUAUUCCUUCUCUGGCCUACGUCUCUUGGGCCAUCACGAUCCUCGCCUCUAUCUCCAUUGUCUGGUCAGAAUGCGUACGCGAAGCCCAGGACUUCGGCGGGCCUAAGCUAUCCAUCAUCGGCUGGACAGUCGUACAUCGCCACGACAACGGCCGGUCGUCGGUUGGAUUCAACAGCCAGAUCAUUGCCGCUGCCUGGCUGUGCUACAUGUGCAUUUGCGCAUUCUACAGUCUCACCGAGGUCAAGAUCUGGGGCAACCGAGCGCUUGUGAGAAGAAAUACGUACCAAGAGUCCGCGACCUGGUACGGGCUCCAAGUCGCCAAGUUGACAGUACCUCUAAGCUACAACUUCCUCACCAUGACAGACAAAAACAUCUGGAAAGGCACAAUGUUCUACAAGUUCCUCGGCCGUCUUAUCGUCCUCACACCCUUAGGCGAGGGCUUCAGUGCCUUCUUCCCCAUCUUCAUCCUCGUUCCCGUCUUCGCCACAGCCUUCGGCCUUUACGGCAAAGUAAAGAACAUCUGUGGCUUUGGCGACCUACUCGACGACGAAGAGGACUCAGCAGGGAACUACGCUGGCACCGGGUCCUGGCGCGAAGGCCGCGCAUUAAUCGAGCGUGAAAUCCAGGGCGCGAGCGGGAACGUCCUUGGUCUUUCCCAACGAAGCUCUACCAGCCCGCCGAACGAACGCUACACCGACAACCCGGCACCAUCGUCAGCCUCCAACCUCCCCAUAUCAAACGCAGCAGCAGCUACCAGUGGCCCAAGCACAACGCGCCCCGACCGCCGCCGCCCACAACUCAACGACGAAGAAGACGAAGGCAAUUUCUUCGAAAACUUCGCAUCGAGAGUCAAGAACACAUUUGAGACAAAUGACUUUUCCUUCCCCCGGCCGAAGUGGCUGGGUGGUGAUGACGAUGAAGUCGAGGCUGGACGUAGUAGACGGACACAGUUAGAUAGAGGGGAAGGGGAGCGCGGAAGUGGGUUCUUGAGCUUGUUUGGAGGGAGGGGUGAUGAGGGGAGGGUGAGGUUGUAG